CUAAGUUUAGGGUUUGGAGAAGGUUCUCCCAGUGUUUACAUUUCUCAAGAUCUCAAACAUAUCCUAGCGAUUAGAGACGAGUUUUGUUUUGUCUGGAGUGCUUCUCAAGGCUUAGAAUUGGAAAUGAUAAAUUCUGGUAGAGCAAGGUUUCAGAAAACUCUGGGUUCAUGGAUUCAGGUGAAUGGUUUCAGUAUUGACGGAGUUUCAGAACGGAUUGACUCCGUUUACUCCUCGUCCCAUUACACCUGGUCCUUAGCGUAUACCGGAGAAGAGGGCGGAGAACUAAACCUGUGCAGGAUAAACCUUCACGGAGCAAACCUAUCUCAUCAUAGGAUUCAGAGAUCAGUCUUCUUUAAAAAUUACCAAGAAGAGAAGAACGUGAUCUGUAAAUUAUCUCCAAAUGGAUCUGCAGUAUUCUGGAGCCUGGGAGCAGAGUGUGCUACCCUCUCUAUAACUGGAGAGAUGAUUGGAACUGUAAUGCUACCAUGUUCCUUGCGAUCUGCCUGGUGGAUAUCUGAACUAUGUUUAAUUCUUCAGUUUGAUUCAUACAUCUCAGUUUAUACCAUUACCCUCAACAUUCUUCCAUUCUCUACACAAGCUAAACUUGAAAAGGUUUUAAAAAUGCCUGAAACAAAAUUAUACAUUUGCCAAAACCGAUUUUAUCACAUGAGGAAGGGUAAAGCUGUCGAAUAUUCAAUUCAAAUGAUUUCUGAGACAAUACUUACAGAACUAGGAUUUGUUCAGACACAAUUCUUCGCUGAAUUGGCAAAAAAAUCCUUUAAAUCUAAACAGAUCAUUUCUGAGCUAUUGGCAGAGGAACCACAGAUUAAAAUCAAUGAAUCAAAACAUUUGUGGAUUCUGAGUAGAAUAUUUAGAAACGGAAAUCAAAAUAAAGUUUUAGAAUCGGAACAAAAUCGCAUUGAUUUGAUAAAACUUGCUAAACCUUACUUUUUAUCAUUCUUACUUGACAAGAAUACAAGAAUAGCCCAGAUUCGACCGGAGGGAUUGAAACAGAUCAGAGAUAUUGUCAGUUUCCUACUCUAUUCAUCUGUUUCCACAUCUUUCAGAAGGAAGGUAAUCAAAAAGAUUAAAACUUUGAUGAAAACCAUCAUGAAAUCUGGAAAUCAAAGUGAUUUUGAAAGUUUAAAGAUUCUGCUCUUAGAUAUUUGCUCUUUGGACGCUUUCAACCAACUGGGAAACCUAGUCCUGUUUCUAAGUUUGAUAUGGAUAAAUGGAGCUAAAAAAAGUUCUAGCUUUAGCUACCAUCCAGUAUUAGAUCAACUCAGCUCAAAGUAUGGCAAACGUUCAGUUAUCUGUCUUCAGAAAGCAAUUCAGUUCUCAAAUGCUAAAAAUCAGAAAAAAGAGACAAAAUAUAAAAGCUUGACAUUUCCUGGACUUGUUGAGUAUUACAAGGGAAGAUCUGACAGAGCUGUGGUUUUAUGGUGUAAAGAAAUCCUAGAAAACCAAGAUAAUGAGAAUAUAAUCAGAAACCUAUCAAAAACCAUCAUACACACGUUUAUGGAGAACUUUAAAUUACUGAAGGCCAUGUUGUUCUGUGACUGGAUUCAUAGAAAUAAUGCAAGUUAUGAACUAACAUGUUGGACAUUGAAUCUGUUAGCAAGUUAUCUUGUAAAGACUUACUCAAUUAAUUCUCUUGGACUGAAAAGUCUGGUACAGUUUGAUGAUUUAACAAACAUUUCAUGUUCAGAGCUAAUUAUCAGAAUUCAUGGCUUUAGAAAAGAUUUUCUUAAAUGUGCCAAAAUUGCGGAGUCUGUUGGUGAUUUCAGGUGUGGCAUACUUUUUAAAAUUUUGCAGAAGCUUAAUAUUGAUGAUAGUAUUGAUAUUUUUGAGAGCGUCACUAAGCUCUUUGAUCUGAGCAAAUCCCCUAAAAAUGAGAAUGUUCAAGAGUUAGUAGAUCUCAAUGAACUGGCAAAACUGAUGAAAACUGACUUCACAGAAAAAAUGCUUCACAUACUGACUUCAUCAAUGACAGAAAUAUUACAGAAUCUGAAAAUAGAUCUUGAUUCUGAAACAGUUUGGGCAAGGUUGGAUCUAAGCCUAACUUGUAAUACAAACCCAUUGAUAGAGCAAGACCGUUCAAGAAUUUAUGCCAUAUUUUCAUGGAUUAAGAUUCUACUCCCAUUAGGCAUCAGCUCACCUUCGAAAGAAAAUCUAAACUUAAUGAUUAAAAAUAUUACCUUAAUGGUCAAUAAAUACAAUGCAAUGUGUGCCUUUGAAGAAGUUGUUGCAAGUUUUUAUGAUAAUGAGAAAAAGGUAACAGAAAAGGCUGAGAAGGUUCUGUGUUUGGGUUUUCACCUUGUCCACUGGAAAAUAGGAGAAACUCAACUUGUCAAAAAAGUAAUGCUGAAUGCACUGAAAGAAGUAAAGCCAGAAAAACAAGGUGCUUAUACAAGUCAGAUGGAAGGGCUAACAAAAAUAGGUGACUUUACCGUUUCUUGUGACAAUCAGAUGGUAGUUCGAAAUAAACAAAUUUUAAAAUACAGAUUGAUGAAAGAAGAACAUUUUGUACAGUUUUGUCUCCUUUCUAAACCUAAAACUCUGUCAAAGAAGGCUUUAUUUGAUUUAUGUCCCAAAACUAUUAUGAACAACACAGAAUCCGAUGAAAGAUUUUACAUUAAAGGUAAAAACAUGACUGGGGAGAAAAAAGGCCUUCUUCGUAACCUUGAAGCCAUGAAUGACAGCAGUUACCAUAAAAUAUUUUUAGAUAAACUUCCACUUUGGAAUUUAAUUCUAAGCAAUGGCUCUCACAAUACUGAACAGUCUAGGUCUUUAUCUGAAUACCAGAAAAUUAUGUACAUUGCUCACCUCUGGUGCUCCAAUUCAACUUCAGAAAAUACAGUAAAGUUCCAUUUGAAUCUUCCACUAUCCUUCUUUCAAGCGCUAGUUCCAGCAGAUUUAGAUCAGAAGGAAAAUGAAGUUAUCAAAGCAGGACAAGCCAAAGCUCAAUUAAUCCCUGUAAGAGGAGAAACCCAUACUACAGUUUCUCCUAAAAAAUUAGAAAUUGAUAAAAACCUUCAGGAGAAUGAAACAGAUCAUGCAGAUAUCCAUCCUAUUGAAGAUGAAGAUGUUAAAUUGGCAGAUAAUAUUGAAAUGAAAGACCAAACGGAGAUUGAUCCUUCUCUUAAAUUAACUCCAAAUGCAAAUAAUAAAAAAUCUUCAUCAGAUUUAACAAAAUCCUUAUGCUCCCUGACCAAGAGUAGUAUCAAAGUUUCUUCAUUGAAGGUAUCAGCUAAACAUGAUAAAUAUCCAUCAAAAGUCAGCAUUAACAACCAACAAAAUGUUGUUGAAUCAUCAAACUAUUCCGAAAAUGCAACUGAAGUUGAGGAUUUAAACACUUUGAAUCAGGAACUUGAAUCCUUAAAUGCAGUCACCAUUCCUACCUUGAUCUUUGAUAAAGAUUUGGCAACUUCAGUCAGCAUAUCUGAGGAUAAUAACCCAAUAUCAUCAUUCAUAGAAAGUAAAUUGUUGUCAAACAAAUCAAAAUUCGAGUCAAUUCCUGAAACAUCAAAGCCUAAGGAGCCAAAUUGCAAGUUGACUCUUUUGAAAUUAAAUAAACCAGAGGUCACUAUAACCAGAGUCCAGCCCAAGCUUCUUUUACUAAAGAAAGACCAACCUAGGAAAAACAGCAGUAACAUGACACUUAAAAAACUGCAGCUUCCAAAUCAAACCAAAUCUAUUCAAAAUAGAAAAUCUAUUAAGCUGACCCUUGAUCAGAAACUAUCUAAAUCUUGUGCUGGUAUCUCAAAGCUUAAAAGUGAUGUUGAAAUCUUACUGCAGAAAGCAGAACAAGAUAAAUUGGUGGAGAAAAAACGAGAGACGGAUAAAAUUAAAGCAGAAAAAUUAAAAAAUCUGGAGACCUUCGAUAUUUCGUUGUCUUUAUUUCGUAGGCAAAUGGGAACCAAGUAUAAUAAGUUUGAAUCUCAUCUUCAAUCUGCAUUAAAAGAUUUUGACUUCAAUCCUCCUGUAUCAAAUCCACAAAUAAUGUUAAAAUCAAAAAAUUCAAAUUGUGAACAUACAAGCCAAGAUCUUUACGAUCAAACAGGUUCCGGCUCAAUACACACUGUCAUACUGGACAAGCAAGCAAUUUAUACAGAUAUUGAUCGAGAGGUUCCUCAGGAAGAGACAAAGGAUAAUAAGAUAGGUUCUGCUCAAGACAAAAUCGAAGAAGCUAAUGUUGCAGAUCCAGACAAUGCUCAGGAAGAACUAGCUGUUGUCAAGGAGUUCAAUGCCCCUCAUCAAGACAUAUCUAUUAAACAUGUUGAUAAUCCUCAGAUGAUUUUUCCAGUUCAUGACUUAGCUUAUGAUUUAGAGGAGUUAAAAAUAUCAAGAGUUUCACAGGAAGCAUUUGAAAAUAAUGAGAUUCCUGCUGCACAGGAAUCUGAAGAAAAGGUAGAUGAAACUCUUGCAGAUGAAACAAAAAUAAUAGGUAAUCCUCAAGAAAUGCUAGAAGAUUCUAAAAUCAAUAUUGAUCCUGUUCCAGACAAAUAUCAAGAACUGGCAGAAGACUUUAAGAUUAAUAGUGAUCCUGAUUUAGUUCCACCUCAAGAACUGGUAGAAGAUUCUAACAUUCCAGGUAUACCUGAAGAGCUGGCAGAAGAUACUAACAUUGAUAGUGAUCCUGUUCUUGAAACACCUCAAGAACUGGUAGAAGAUUUUAAGAUUUGUAGUAUUGUUCUUCCAGACUCCUCAAAUAAAAUAAUAGAUGACAUCAGGACUGGGAAUGACAAAGAUACCACAAUAAGGGGUUUCAGAGAAAAUUCUGAUUCAAGUCCAGAGUUCAAAAAAACAGAGGAAACAAAAAAUGAAGAAGUUAUCACUUCCUGUCCUCUGGACAUAAAUAAGAUCUCAGAUGAUACAUCUAAAGAUUUUCUGAAAAUUUUUCCAGAAAAGGGGAACCUUAAUAAAAAGUUUGUGGAAGAGAUGAUAAAUGAAAAUGAAGACCAAAACAAUUCUGUUGUUUAUGAAGGGGGUAAUCAUUUAUUUCUGAAUGAUCUUGCUGAAAAUCAAGGACCAGAGAUGUUUAAGGAAAUUCUUCUAAACAAAAACAUGUCCCUGUUGGAUAGAUUAGAUAUUCUUGAGGAAUUAAAUAAUGAUGUUGAUACUGAAAUUAAACAUACUAGAAGAUAUUUGGAUAUUGCAUCAACAACAUUUUCCUAA